UUUCUUUUGUGUUUCCUUUUUUUCACUGUUUGUUUAAAGAGGCAUUGCCGCGGCGACCGACCUGCCUCUCUUGCUUAAUCAGUCAGGUGUGGCUUUUAUGUGUGUGUGAGAGCGUGUGUGUGUGUUUGUGUGUGUGUGUGUGUGUGUGUGUGUGUCGGGGAGGCGGCAGUGUCUUUUCUCCCGGACAGAGUCUUGAGGCAGUGCCGUGCCAUGGAGCUCCGGUUACACAUCUGGACAUCGUCGCUCCUGCUCAACCUCUUGGGACUGCUGCUUCAGACAGAUUUCGGCAGAGCCCAGCGCGUAGUGACGAUCGAGAAAGGCCCGCUCUACAGGAUCAAAGGCUUCCCUGUCUCCAUCAAGUGCAGCGUCAGCAACUUCGAGGGUCCCGCCGAGCAGACCUUCCAUUUCUCUGCCUACAAGCCCAGCCGACCCAGCCAGGAGAUUGAGAUCGUCAGUACUAUCGGGGACUCGUAUGGCUACGCCGUGUACCAGGGCCGAGUCAGGAGCAGAGAAAUCUGGAUCGAGAGGCUGACGGGGUCGUCUGUGAUAUUUCACAUCAACAAAACACUCAUCGAGGACACCGCUGAGAUAGAGUGCCACACGCCAAACACUGACUCUCGGUACUAUGGAACCUAUACUGCCAAAACAUCGCUGCAUGUGGUGGAGGACACCCUGUCAGCCACUUACUCCGGUCCCUCCUCCCUGGACCUCUUUGAGGGCGACACCCUUCAGCUCGAGUGCCUGGCCUCCAGCCAAACCUUCCAGCACACUCACCUGUCAGUCACAUAUCUCCUCCAAAGCAGCAGUGGCGGCGAGCCUCGUCCCAUCAUCAGCCUGGACCGGGACCUGACCGUACGGCCGGGGGAAGGCUAUGACGCCCGGUACCAGUCCAGGCAGGUGGCCAUCGAGAAGGUGGAGGAGACCCAGUACCGGCUGAGGAUGACCCAGGUGCAGCAGGCAGACCAGGGCAAGAUAUUCUGCCGAGUCCAGGAGUGGAUCCAGGACCCUGACCGCUCGUGGUUCAAUGUUGCCAGCAAGGAUGCGCAAGGCGUAGAUGUGACUAUCAAGACCGUUGAGGUAGCUGAGGACUCGUUCGCGGCUCGCAUAAAGGUCACCAAGGCCGACCUCCAGGAGGGUGAGGAGAUGGAGGUGCGCUGCAGCGUGGAGGCACAGAACCUUCCAGAACUCUUCUUCACGGUGGCCUGGUUCAAAGGCGACCAGGAGGUGGCGCGAGUGGGGCCGCUCGGAAUGCUAACGGUGUUACCCGGGUACUCUGCGAGGUCAGAAGAGGGAGAGUUGCGGGCGGCGAAGACCACGGACAAGGACUACGUAUUGACCCUGCGUCCGGCCAGGACAGAGGAUCAGGGGGAGUACCAGUGCCGCGUAUGGCAGGAGAAAAGGGGUGAGAAAGGAGGCUUCACCCAGGGACAGCUCCAGCGCUCCCAGCCCCAACAGGUCACCAUCACGGCUAAAGAAAGUGGUCUUGUGGUGUCCAUGGAGCCGAAUCUAAGCACGACAGAAGGGUCCCCUCUGUCCCUCUCAUGUUCCGUCUCUGGGGUGCACGGGGAACUGUCUGUCACCUGGGAGUACAAGAAAGACACCCAGGGCAGCACCUUCAGUGAUGUCAUCAGCCUGAGCCAGGACGGUGUGACAGAGGUGGGACAGCUCUUUCAACAACGGGCGGUGAGGACGUUCCGAUUGGCCAAUGGUACCGUCGUCCUGGAGAUGGGUGAUGCUGAGGUGGGCGACGGCGGGGGGUACAAAUGCACGGUGUCGGAGUGGGGCAGAGACAACAGUGGAGGGUUGCAGAGGAAAGCCAGCCAAUCACAGCAUUGCUCCGUUGCGGUCACGUCACUCGCUACUCUCCUGAAGGUGCGAAUGAGAAGCCGCACAGUUGCUGUGAAGGUGAACGAUCCGAUCGACAUCCGGUGCUCCGUGCGGAGCCCCAGGUCCGUGCCCCUUUCCGUGCAGUGGUUCUUCAAGCAAACCGGUUCCAAGAGCGAGGAGGCCAUCGUCUCGGUUCUCCACACGGGGAACGUGGUAUGGGAGCAGGAUCGGGACGAGUACCAACUGAGCACAGAGUUGGGAGAAGAAGACUCUGUGUACAAUUUGGAGGUGAACAAGGCAAGCCUCCGCAACGGUGGUGUCUACCAAUGUCGUGUGGUAGCAUACCUGAAGAACAUCCAGAGAGCCAGCCAGUCAUCCAACUGGCUUGGUGUGCAAGUCAACAAGAAAGAAAGUACGCUGUCAGUCACUGCUGUUCCUGCCUCCCCCCUGACGACCAUCAUCAACUCCGACAUACAGCUGUCCUGCAAGGUUGCCAGCGCGAUCUCCAACGCCUCCCGCUUCGCGGUCUCCUGGGAUGUGGGCGGCCGCACUGUUGCUAGCGGCGACCGCAAUGGUGUCGUGUCACUUCCAGAUAACGGCAAACGGACGAGUGUCACCACCCUGUCAGGUGGAAUGUUCCAGCUGAUGCUACGCCAGGUGGACGGCAGUGACAGUGGACGGUACCUGUGCAUGGUGGAGGAGUGGCUUCAGGACACUGCCGGAGAGUGGUACUCCCUCCCACCCCAGAGCGCCUCCAGACAGGUGGUCGUCAAUGAAAAACCCAGUGAUUUCCGUAUGGACCAAACCCUCAUUGAGACGAAUGCGGGCGAAGGUGAACAGAUCGAGAUCGCCUGCAAGAUACUGUCCGGAAGGGACGACCCGUCCUCCCACUUUGCCCUCACCUGGCUGUUCCAGCACGUCAGCCCCGAGUCCGGCUCUGCGUCAGGCACCACCAACACUCUCCUGACCUACACCCAGAAGGGGGGCCUGACCUAUGGGGACAGCCUUGGAGGCCUGCAAGAGAGGCUCCGGUUCUCCAGGCCCGAUCCGGGAACGUUCCUACUGACGGUGGACAAGACGGAGCUGGGUGACAAUGGGAAGUACUGGUGCGAAGUGGAGCAGUACCAGCACUGCAAUGACAAGUGGGAGAAGAAAGGAUCUCAACGCUCGGGACAGACAGAAGUCAGAGUGAAACCCAUAGAGGCCAAACUCCGCCUGCAGAAGACCGACAGGACCAUAGAGUUGACCGACCAGCAGAAUGGCUUCAAGGUCGAGUGCCUGGUCCAGUCCCGUUCCAGCGACCGGUCGCUCUUCGACGUAGUCUGGUCCAGAACACAGGGCACGGGGGACCAGGAGAGGACCCAGGUGGUCUUCAAGGCCACCAGGGAUGGCACGCUGCAAGCCCUGGACAGAACCAGUGGUCUGAUGUUCGAUCGACCCACAGCUGAGCACUUCAGCCUGUCUUUCCACUCCACCGGACCCUCAGACGCUGGCCACUACUUCUGUCAGGUGACCGAGUGGCUGCAGCUGCCAGGAGGUCGCUGGAGGAAACUAGCAGAGGACAAGUCUGGAGAGCUUACUGUCACCAUCCAGACUGAGGGUGCAGUCAAAAGUACGUUCAGUAUGAGCAAAGUCACACAGAACGUGACUGCCAAAGAGGGCGAGAGAUUGGACCUGCAGUGCCGCGUGGAGUCAGAGGGCUCCGACCCGUCCGCCUCAUUCUACGCCAUCAAAUGGUUGUUCCAGCGCCGCGGUUCAAACGCCUACGAGGCCCUCCUCACACAAGACUACGAUGGCCGCCUAGCAGUGCCUAGCAGCGAUGACAGGCUACGGCUCUCACGGCCUGAAAAGAACAAGUUCGGCCUGGUGGUACUGAACACCGUUCCGGAGGAUAGCGGGGCAUACACCUGCCAGGUGGAGCUUCACCAGUACGACAGUGGACAGUGGAAGAAGUUGGCCUUGGAGGAAUCCGGACUCAUCAACGUUAAUGUGCAUGCUCUAGAGGCAAAGCUGCAUGUGAAUGAAAAGAACCAACGCCUCAACGUGACCGACCUGAAAGCCGGAUUCAAGGUCGACUGCAGCAUCACCUCAAGGUCCAGCCAGGACUCACUUUUCGAGGUCACCUGGUUCAGAACCCAGGGCGGCAAGCCGAAGACGGCCAUUUUGAAAUUCACAAGAAACGGCACCCUGCAGAGCUACAAGGCCAGGACGGGUCUCGUCUUCACUCGGCCCGAGGUCAUGUCCUUCACCAUGACCGUGCCGGAGGCAUCAGAUGCGGACAGUGGCAAUUACUCCUGCUCGGUAGAAGAACUGGUUAGGAAGACCACCACUGCACGGAAGACGAUGGACGUAGAAGGUGGAAAGUGGAAGAAGGUGGCUGAAGCCCAGUCAGGGUUCCUAGACGUGCUGGUGCACACAGCUAACCCGGCUGCGCAGUCAGGGGCCUCUCCAGAACACGUGGCGUGUGCUGUGCUAGCCAUCCUGCUACUGAUCCUGAUUGGGGUGGUGGCCAUUAUGGGUUGGCGGUUCCACAAGGCUAAAACUGAGCAGAAGAAGGCGAAAGGGUCUCUGUGGGCUGAGAGCAACCCUCUGAAACCCUCUGCUCCUGAGGCCUGAGGGGGUGGGGGUGGGGGGGGAGACGGUGUCAGUGCUAUCAGCUGACAAACCAACACUGAGACCCUGAUAGAGGUGACACUGCACAUUGCGCAUCAGCUGACAGACCAGGGGUGUGUUUCUAGGACAGUGUUGUUGCAAACAAAGUUACCACCUUACUUGAUUGCAAUGCAAUUUCCCCUCGCAAGCUUCAAUGUUUUUGAGAAGCGGGGCCCAGCACCACAGAGGCAGCCUAACCAGAUGCUUCUCUUUUUUUCUUGAAAGGUUAAAGGUUUCAGGCUUUGCUGAAACGAAUUUGACUAGACAAUGAUGUAUGAAUGGUGAAACUGUGCAAUGCUGAGUUAGGCCAUGGGUAAUAAGGUGUGGACAAAUGUGCUAUGCUGUCUGUCCAGACAGGCACUUUGAAUGCUCAGGGAAUCUGCAACUGGAACUGCAGUGUAAACAUGUUUUCGAACUGUCCGAACUAAACUUCCUGAGUAAACCUGUUCAGAAAUGUAACCAUUUUAAGGAUUUAUUUUUUUUCACAAAUAUUGGACCAUGGCCCACCUUCUUCCAAACAGUUGUUAUUGAUUGUGUGGUCCGUUUUUCAUUUGUUGGCACAUUGAAAAUGUUGUGGUUGCUCCACAAAAUGAAGGAUGUUGUAGUUAAACAUCUAUAUGUCAAACUGCCAAAAACAAGACACAAAGGACUCAAAGGUCAGAAGAUGUGAUUCUGAUUUAGAGAUUUGACUGUCCUGUCAUGAAUGUCACGUUAUGUACAAAGAGGAUAUUUUGCACUUAGAUUUAGCAUUUUGUAUUCUAUUUUUUAAAAAUAACAUUGUUAAUAAUAUGUUUUCUAUUGUUUCUCAUGUCUUUAGCAUAAGGAGUUUCUUUUAUAUUUUUAUACGCUAAGAUCAUAUUUGUUGCUGCGUUGUACAUGUGUAAUAUGUGAGUAGCAGUGUUACUGUGCAUACCAGCGUCAGCAUGCUGGGACAUACAUAGGAGGAAGUAGAAGUGAAAUGGGGAAACGGCCCUGAGAGAUUCAGCUGAUAUUGAUCAGUCUGUGCCGUGUCACUACUUCUCCUUUUCUCACUGUUUCUGUCGAGUUACUGAUGGACGUUUUCUUUGUAAAGGCCAACAUUUCAUACCCACCUUUCUUCAUCUCUCCCUUCUCUCUCUUUGUUUUUUUCCUUCUUUUUGUCUUCAGCCUUGGUCACAUAUAUGCAGAUAUUUUCAAAAGCGGAUGUUUUUAAAAAAAAAAUGUUAAGCACUGCAUGAAGAUUUUUUUUAGAUACACAAUUUUGACGGAUGCAUUUAAAAAAAAAUGUGGUUUUAAGAGAUUUCUAAAACGUGUUACGUGUAAACAAAAUACAUGCACUUACAAAAAGAUCCACAUAUGUGUAAAACAGGGUCUAAAUCACCAUUCUCUAGCCCCCUGGUCGUAUCUUUCUCAUUUCACUCUUUGUCUUUGUUUCUGCUUCUCAGUGAGUGAGAGAUCUCACUAUCCAUUUAUCCUUUCCUUCUCCUCUUCUGUGUUUGCCUUUCCUCCCUCUCUCCAUCCCUCUGUAUCUCUGUUUCACCACUCA